UUGUGACAAUUAUCGGCUCGUUUGCUGUACUUCAGUUCGCUAUUAGGCAGCGGAGAUUAUUGUGUGUGACGGUUGGAAGCGCACGGUGUUUUUCGAUUGAUGCGUGUUUAUUUUUGCUCUAAUGCCUGGUCUGAGCUAUCUGCUAAUUAAUCGGUUUUCGUAGUGUGUAGAAAAAUCGACAGAAUUUAAAUGAUAUGUGCGCUCAGUGAAAUUAUAAAAAUUUAAUACGAAAUAUAUGCUGAAGUUGAUAGGUCCCGUGCGAGUUUGGAAAAAAUAUUUGUUUUUGUAGUGUAGUACAAAAAAGUGGAAAUAUCUUUCCGUGAUUUAAAUGAAUAUCUAGUGAAAAGAAUAAGCGAAAAGAAGCUUGGGCAAAAUAUAUGUGCAAGUGUAAGCUAAAGAGAGAAUCGGAAUCUUAAAAGCUGCAUGAAAAAAGAUAUGAAAACGUAAUGCGUUAAGUGGUAAAACCAAAUAAGAGUCUAUGUGGAAUAGCAAUGAAGAAGCUGAGUGGAGUAGUGAUAAAAAAUACCAAAAAUAAACAAAACAUGAAUGUUUGUAUGUUUUAUUCACGGUGCUUGGUUGCGCUUUUAUUGUAGUGGUGAAAUGUGUAAAGAACAGCAAAAAAAAAACAAAAAAUAAUAAAUAAAUUAGAAAUUUUUAAAAACAAUUUAAAAUAAUAACUAUUGAUUGUUGCAGCAAACAAAAAGUGAGAAGUAUGUGUGUAAGAAUGUGUGCAUAAAGCUGCAAAUGUCAAAAACUAAGCAAAACAAAGAGAAUAUAAACAGCAAUAACAGCUUUUACACCCCCACCAACCCCGUAUUAACAGUGCAGCGAAAAUAAUUGUGCGGCACACCCUCAGCGCCGCUGCAUUUGCAAAUCCAUAUUUAUUGCAAGGAAUUUAAAAACUUGUUGUUUUUGUAAACCGACAUACUUGUAUAUGUAGGUGCAUGCACAUCUAUGCAGACGCGCCCCUAUAUUGACCUGUGAUUUCCGUCUACGUCUGGGAAACAUAAACAUAUGUGAAUAGAUAACACAAAGAAAGGCACUGAGGAGUUGAAAGGGGUUAGGUACCAGCAAAUACGUCUGCCCAAACAAGCUCCACAGGCUGGAUAGGCUUUCGUACGAAGUGUGAUGUCAGCACAUCUGCUUGCAUUGCCAACUAAUCCACUGCAGACGCUACUGUUGCCAACAAUACCAACAAAAAGCACGUCUUUCAUAGUGUUUGUCUCACCAUCGCCGACUGCAUUCCCAACACUUUGUUUGGAUGCCUCGACACUUUAGCUUGCUGCUAUUGUGAAAUAUUUGCUGUUCGCCAACCGCGUGUUACGCAUUUGCCCCAAAUCGCUAAGGCCCCGUCAACGCACCCCUCGACUAAUCUGAAUACAUAUGCAUACGUAAACGUUGCCAUAUAUAGAGCGAACAACUUACUUGCAUACACACUCGGGUACUUGUCGUCUUGUAGCAUAUUAAUUGCGUUGCGCAUCUGCCUUCCGCCGCCUCCCGCUGCUUCACAACUUUUCAGUCGACCUUCUUCGCACAGCUGUGCUGCUAAGUAUUUCUACUGUUGAAAGAUGUCACGACGGUUUUUGUCGCCUUACAACCUAACAGCACUCGGCAAGCUCCUACUGCUGGUCACCAUAUGUUUGCAGGCAGUAUUUGCCAACGCGAGCGAAAAUGCACAAACCAAAGCACAUUCAUCAUAUCCACAGACUGGUGAUUUUUUUCCUGACCUUAAAGAGUUCUCAAGUCAUUCCGUGAUACGCCCUCAAAUUCUGCAUGGGCGACAUAAACGCGCCUUGCGAAGCACAUUGGAUGCAAAGGACGGUCAACAUGUUCCGCACAUAACGCUCACGUACCAGCAUGAAGGUCAACACGUAUACAUAGACCUGCAUCGCAACGAUGAGUUACUGCCAGCCAAGCAUUUCCUCCGUUAUCAGAAUUCGACUUCGCCAACAGGGCGUGUAGUCAAAAAUUUCACAAAGACUGAAAUGGAAUUAUGUCAUUACCAGGGCACCAUUCACGGCAAGCCGUUUUCCAAUGUUGCCAUAUCCACUUGUAAUGGCGGUGCUGUCAAUGGUUUGGUUUACGAUGGCAAGGACACAUAUUUCAUACACUCCGGUAGUGAUGGGCGAUUGCAGGAUGAUCAUUUUUUAUUUCGGCAUGCCGAUUUGUUGAAUAAAAACGCAACCUGUGGUUACGACAGCACCACCGACAACCACGCACAUAGUCCUUUCGGGAAGUCUGAGGAUUUGCAGCGAAAGGGCGACGAGUUGCCAAAAGCACCAGUGCACCUAGACGGUUCGGAAUACAAUCGCAUUUUAAGGUAUAAAAGAUCCUAUGAGAAUAACGAUGUGAUACGUGGUCCCUACAAUGCCAAUAAACACUCAUCCUAUGUUGAACUUGUUAUUGUGGUUGACAAUAAAUUGUAUAAAUCAUUUGGGGAGAACUCGAAGAAAGUACAUCAACAUUGCAAGGACUUAGCUAAUAUAAUCAAUGCGUUAUACGUACCCUUGAAUAUCUUUGUCGCUCUGGUGGGUGUGGUGAUCUGGAACGAGUACAAUGAAAUUGAGUUUUCUAGUGAUGGGGACCUCACUCUACGGAAAUUCCUUAACUAUCGGGAAACAAAACUGGUGCUGGACCAUCCUAAUGAUAAUGCGCAGUUGCUGACCAAAGAGCAAUUUAGUGGCGGCGUCGUUGGCAAAGCGUUGAAGGGUCCCAUUUGCACGCACGAGUACUCGGGCGGCGUUUCGAACGAGCACAGCCAAGUUGUAGCCGUUGUGGCCACCACAAUGGCGCACGAAAUGGGCCACAACUUUGGCAUGGAGCACGAUUCGUCCGACUGUAAGUGUCAGGAUGAGAAAUGCAUAAUGUCCGCUUCGUCCACGUCUGUGGUGCCGGUGCAUUGGAGCAGUUGUAGCAUUGACCAGCUAAAUAUAGCCUUCUCGCGUGGCAUGAACUAUUGCCUUCGCAAUAAACCCACCAAGCUGUUCGAGUCACCGCAAUGCGGCAACGGUUUUGUGGAGCCCGGCGAACAGUGCGACUGUGGGCUGCCCAACUACUGUGAGAAUACCUGCUGCGACCCGUAUACUUGCAUGCUGCACACAAACGCGUCUUGUGCCACUGGUGAAUGCUGUGACUUAAGUACAUGUCGUCCCAAAGCGGCCGGACAGGCGUGUCGUGUUGCCGAGAACGAAUGUGAUUUACCCGAAUACUGUACCGGCGAGUCGGAGUACUGUCCAGCAGAUGUGUUCAAACGUGACACCGAGGAGUGUGACAGUGGACAGGCUUAUUGCUUCCAAGGCAAUUGCCGUUCGCACUCGCAACAGUGUCGUAUACUGUGGGGACCGACUGGCGAGAGCUCAGAGCAUUGCUACAGCAAAAAUGUUGAAGGCAAGCGUGGCGGUAAUUGCGGCUACGAUCGUAUCAACAAACUAUUUACACGGUGCGAGGAUGAACACGUACGUUGCGGCAUGUUGCAUUGCCGCCAUUUGAAUGAACGGCUGGAAUUCGGCAUGGAAUCGGCAGCGAUGUUGUCGCAUUCGUUCAUCAAUCAUGAGGGCAAUAUAGUGCCGUGCCGCACAGCACUGGUCGAUUUGGGGCUAGAAAGCACAGAUCCCGGACUUACACCCAACGGCGCCAAAUGUGGCGAAGACAAAAUGUGUGUCAACCAAAAGUGCCUAACGAUAGAGCGUGUACGAGACACGGGACUCGGCAAGCAGUGCCCAGAUAAUUGUAAUGGCAAUGGUGUAUGCAAUAGUUUGGGCAAUUGCCACUGUCAUGUGGGCUAUACGGGCGCAACAUGUCGCCUGCCAGGACCAGGCGGUUCAAUCAACAGUGGACCAGCAUCGUCGCCUACUAGUCACCAAGCUUUCCAGAACUUUAUGUAUAUCUUCUUCUUCGGCGUGAUACCGUUUAUGGUGUUUAUUAUCUGGCUCUCUUACUAUAUACGCAACCGACGCUUCUUCAUUGGCGGCAAGCUGGCUGAAAAUAUGUAUGUAUCCACGCCGCACAAGUCGGUGUGCUCAUUUACCACUUCCACUAGCAAUACAACUACUUCCUCCCAUUCUUCCAAUACUUCUUCUAACUUAUCUUCUACUUCAACUGCAUCUUGUAUAUCGUCUGCGAGCGCAACUAAAAAACUAAAAGGCACAACACUAGGCUCCUGUGCUAAACGGAACCAACUCAAACACUCAAACACAUUCAACACAAGCACACAAGCGAAACCGUACACUAGCACGAACACAACAACUACAAUAACAGAAAGUCAAAAACUAAUCAGUCAAAGUGCAUCCACUAAUAAUCUAGCGCGCAUCCAUAACAAUUUGUAUUUAUCUAAGAGUAGAACUAAUGAAGAUUUCAAUAGCAUUAAAUCCAAUAAUAAAAUCGUAUCGGUGGCGGAGAUUAAAAAGAAUUUCACACAAAAUAGUCUAAGCAAAACCAAAUCGGCAGCAACACCAACCAAAAUACCAAACGUACCAGCUAGCAAUGCUUCUGCAACCACACCAACAACCACACUAAAACGUAAACUGAAAACACCAACAACCCACAAACUCCCGAUGAGAGCAAAUCAACAUCACCUUAUGGAUGCCGAUAGCUCAAAUAGUAACUCCCUCGUUAACGGUCAGACUAACACUAUGCGUCGCAAGCUAGAAAUUACCGAUAUACGCUUGCAAGCAACGACAAAUCCGCAUGCGCUAUGCGACGGCGCACAGUUUAUAGCCAGUGAUCGUAAUAGUAUCAAAGCGGCCAGCGCCAAGCAAGCACCCGCUCGCCCUGAUCACGGUCCUCAUGGUGGUGGUGUCGGUGGCAGCGGCGGACACAGUCUGCCCAAAUCUACACCCAGCAGUACGGACGAUAUGAAUUCUGCUUUGCUGAAAUCCCCCAGCGACUCGAAUGAUACUUCUGUUGGCAAUGGUAUGUUUGGCAAAUUCAAAGGCUUUACCCUCCGCCCUCUCAAUGAUAACACUUCACCGACCAACAACUUUAAUGCACCCAAUGUGGCUUAUGUACAGCCCACAGUGCAGGACACAGCAACAUUGAAUGGAGGUGUACCACAACGCUCUGCGCCACCACCACCAUUGGUCAAAGGUAAAUCGGUGGAUGCGGUGCAACCCACACGUUGGGCGCCACAGCCACCAGUGGGAGUUGCAACUGCACCAGCAUUACCACCACCAAAUCCCGGCUCGAAUGCGCGCCCGAUCAUAUCGAUGCCGGUAUUGGAGACCUCUACACUGACGCUGCCACUAAAGAGGUCGAGCGGUGAGUUGUCGCCCACGCCUUCCGCACCCCUACCACCUAGCAGCAGCAGUGCCAGUCAAUCCGGUUCGUUACCGCGCCCCGCGCCACCUCCGCCGGUGCCUCUACAUUCAGACCCUAAGCUAAAUGUGAAACGCGAUGGUACCAUAAGGCGUAUUGCAUCUUUUCUGAAGAAGGAGGAGAGGGCACCAUUGAAGGAAAAGACCUAUAUCGAUCGCGAGAAGUUAAAAAAUAUUGAGAUAUCAGCACCAAUGCCAGUGGCGCCGCAAGGAGAAUCAUCCAAUUCGGACUCAGAGACUACGCCUAAGGAGGAGGAAACCAAAAAUUUAGUAAAGCGCGCACAGUCUAUGCGUUCUCCAACCAAGAAAACCAACGUACAGACAUUCGGUUCGAUGCGUUACGCGCCAGGUAGUGCACGACCAAAGAGCGUAGCGGCAACUGCGGCGGCUUCCCGUCCUAAAAGUCCACCGCCACGCCCACCACCGCUAAAGAAAACCAAUUCGACAACUUCCUCUGGCUACGCACUGCCUGUUGCCACUGCCAAAUCUAACGUGGAGAAUGCGUAUGAUGAUUGUGAGUUUGUCGAACAGCCGCUGCCCACUGUAGGUGAGUCGAUUGAAGCGGAUUCGCCCACUUCAACCGAUAAUAUAUACUCCGUCAUUGACGAAAUACCGCCCGCUGCACAAACUGUUAAACGAAGCGAUUUCAUCAAUGAAAGCACUGACAUGGGUCUGCUUGGUGAGAUUGUGAAUGAAAUUGAAAAGCGCAAUGGCGACUCAAUCUACAGCGCGUCAACGCUGGUAAAAAACAAACCUCAAUCAGCGGAAGAAGUAAAAAAUACAGUCGCAGAUGUGAAAACGAAAGCAAAUGCCGCAAACAGUGUUAGCACAAAUCAUGACGCCAAUGUAUCAACGGAAGCAAUGAAACCGUCUGCAACCGCAACUACAGUUACAGCGCAGACUGUGCCUACUUAUUUGCGCCCAGCGCCAGUGAACGCGCCUGUUGCGCGAGUAGCGCCAACACGUGCUGAUCUCACGUCCUCCACAGCAUUCUCUAGCUUUAAGCCCAUUAGCUUAAGCGCAGCUACCACAGCAGUUGGUGUCGCAACCUCAACCAACAAGAACAAUACAACUGCCGCCAAUCGCCUCAGCGGCGGUAAUAGCACCAGCACAAAUGCUGCGACGACAAGAAACAGAUCCUUCGGUAAAACACCUGCCGCUGCAAACUCAACAACAACAACACGGACAACAAACAGCAGUAACAGCACGGCAUUGCCGUCCGCCACAAUCACAAAACCAAAACCGCUCUCUACGAAACCCUCAUUCAAUAGUCAAAAGAAAGUGACGCCCGCGCCCAUUGUUAGCGCUACAGCCGCGCGCUUAGCAGCUACCGGUACGCCGCGAACGGCGCCCACCGUAAAGUCAGGAAACAUUGCUUCACUGACGCAACGCUUCGAAAAGGGUGCGACAACCAAUGUGAGAAAGUAAAAAGGAUGGUGCGUUCAUUAUUUUUCCUAUGGCUGCUUUUUUGAUGCAUUUGCUCUGAUUUCUUUCAAAUGCUCCAUAAAACACAUACCAAACUGAUAUUUAUUCUAUGCGUGUAUAUUUACUAAGUUUGAAUGUCUAAAGCGAAGAAAUAUUUUCAAAAUACUAUUGUUCUAUAAAUAGGCACUGGGAGCUCGACCGAAGUAUUUUAAGGUUGUUUGCGCCAUACUAUAAUUAAUGCGAUAAUGUACAAUAAAUGCUAUUGUAAUGAAAUUUAAACGAAGUAUGCAAAAUUUAUAAAAAUUGAGACGAGAGAUAAACUAAAUCAAUUCAAAAGUGAUAUUCAUUCCUUGGCAUAUUGUAACGUCGAACUAAUUCGUUGUAGUUGUAUUUAUGUAUGUAUGUAUUGUAUAUUGUACGGAUAUAGUGCACCUAAAGCUAUGCUAAAAUUUCAUUUUUUAAAUUAUUUUAUGUAGAACGAAAUGUUUUUGACCCCAAAUUUGUGUGUAUUAGCUUUAUGAUAAUAAAUUGAAUCGUUAGCUUAAGUUUUGUAAAUAAUAUUGUUAAUUGAAAUAAACAUUGGCAUACAAGCA